UGUUUGGUCAUGUGACCGCGGCGCCCUCUCGUUACUGGUCAGUUUCAGUUUUUCGCAGUGUCACAGGCUCCACUGAUUCCACUCCGAUAACUUUUCCUUUCGGUACCGAAGCGGCCCGCGGCUCCGCAGGCGGCGGACAAAGCGGCUCUGAAACCGGGCGUCGGAACCGCCUCCGUCACGGCUCGUCCGGUUGUUGGACCGAGACGCGGCUUCCCGGCAGGCCUCGCCGUUCACCGAGCGAGUGUGGGCGCGCACGCCGCUGCAGGGCGGGCCCUGGUCGGCCAGAGCGGCGGCAUGGAGCCCGGCGCCCCGCUAGCUUAGAGCUGGUUCCGGGAGAUGAGAAGAGGCGUUUUAGCUGCGCUGGAGGUUCGGAUGUGAGGAUGAACGGCACGCAGCAGGCCGACGUGAAGAGGCAGCACCUCCUGGAGAGGCUGCUGGACGCCGUCAAACAGUGCCAAAUCCGCUUUGGAGGGAGAAAGGAGAUCGCCACCGACUCAGACAGCAGGGUGAUCUGCCUGUGCGCCCAGUUUGAAGCUGUGCUGCAGCACGGCCUGAGGAAGAGCAAAGGUCUGGCCCUCACAGCUGCUGCUCUGAAGCAGGCCGCCGGCUUCAGCAGCAAGACGGAAGCAGCAGAGCUGACCUUCUGGCUUUACGUGAAGGAGCACCUGAACCGCCACGAGCUGCAGCGCUUCUACUCCCUGCGCCACAUCUCGUCGGAGCUGGGCCGCGGGCGUUCCUGGCUGCGCUGCGCCCUGAAUGAGCAUUCGCUGGAGCGCUACCUGCACACGCUGCUGGCUGAUCGCCCGCGCCUCGGAACUUACUAUGACGACUGGGCUUUUGUUCUGGAUGAAGAGAGAGCAAGUAUGCUCCCCACUAUGGCUGCAGGUCUGAACUCCAUCCUGUUUGCCAUCAACAUUGACAACAGCGACUUGAACGGCGCUGUGACCCGAGGAGGCUCGUCGGUGUCCAACCUGCUGAAGGAGUCCACUCAGGGCAUCGGCAGCCUCCUGAAGGAGUCCACCCAGGGAGUCAGCACCCUGCUGCGGGAGAUCGGCACCGCCACCGCUGUGGUGCCCGGCUUCACCACCAAGGUGGACGGAGCCUCCGACCCGCUGCCCGUCAUGCCCCGCAGCACCUCUGCUGAUUCAGGGCUGAGGAAGGAGCGCCGCAGGAAGAAGAAGAUCACCAACAUCAUCUCCUUCGACGACGACCUGGAUGGAGGAGCUGAGGAUGAGGAGGACGGAGAGGAAGACUCACAGAAGGCGAAGGCGCCGAGAAGCCGCGGCGCUCCGGCUCAGAGCAGCGUGGAGGAGGGGGUCGACCCCCUGGAGCCCAUCCUGACCGAGCCGGCGGCCCAGAACGGCGUCCCAGAGCCGGGCAUAGUGGGCUGGGUGGGGUCGCCCCAUCCCUGCCGCACGGCCUCCCCAGCCAGGCCUCCUCCGCCUCACGGUAAUGAGGUGGAGGAGGAGGAGGAGGAAGAGGAGGAGAUGUACAAACCUGGAAGACAAACCCAGGAGGAGGAGGGACUCCCGUCUGAUCAGCCGGUGGUGGGCAGUCUGUCCAGCGUGUCCACCUGGAGUCCCGUCCAGGCCGUGACGGACCAGCCCAGCGCCGACAUCCUCAUUCCGGUCCACCCUGCAGACCCUCAGCCAGUCAGCUCCGUGGAGGACGUGGCCGUGUUUCCCGUUCAGUGCGACUCGACGGGACCGACAGAGAACUGCGAGAGCGGCCGCCCGCAGCUCGCUUUCAGCAUGGAGUCCAGUCCGCCGGCGCAGCCCGGGCUGCCGGCGUCGGCUCUGCCCGAGUCCAUGACAGUGGCGGAGCUCCGGCAGGCGAUCGUAGCCAUGAUGAACAGGAAGGAUGAUCUGGAGGAGCAAAACACGUCCCUUCGCAGCCUGUUAGACGGCGAGAUGGAGCACUCAGCCGGCCUGAGGCAGGAAACCGAUUUGCUGAAGAAGAAGCUUGCAGAGCUGGAGGAGAGACACGGGGCUAAAGUCCAAGCGUUGGCCAGGGAGAACGAAGUCCUGAAGGUCCAGCUGAAGAAGUAUGUGGGCGCCGUGCAGAUGCUGAAGAGGGAAGGAAGCCCGGGCAGUGACGGUUUGUCCGUGUUGCGCUCCAAAGAAGAACCCGGCCCGGCGCUGCAGAACAAGUUCAUCGGGGACACCGAGGAGCUCGCCGCCAGCUAUGAGCGGAAGCUCAUUGAGGUGGCCGAGAUGCACGGCGAGUUAAUAGAGUUUAACGAGCGCCUGUACCGCUCCCUCAUGGCCAAAGACCACCUCAUUGUCCAGAUGAGGCAGGAGCUCAUCGACCUCCGGGGCCCGGUUCCAGGUGAUUUGAGCCAAACCUCAGACGAUCCCAGCCUAUCAGAUUUUGAGACGGCUCACCGCGCGCUCGUCAACGUGUGGAUCCCCUCCGUGUUCCUGCAGGGCAGAGCUGCGAACGCCUACCACGUCUAUCAGGUUUACAUCCGCAUCCUGGACAACGAGUGGAACGUGUACAGACGUUACACCGAGUUCAGAGAGCUUCACAACCAGCUGAGGACACAGUUUCCACAGGUGGACACCUUCAACUUCCCUCCCAAGAAAGCUAUUGGGAACAAGGAUGCCAAGUUUGUGGAGGAGCGGCGGAAGCAGCUGCAGGGCUACCUCCGCACGGUGAUGAACAAGCUGAUCCAGGCGCUGCCAGAGUUCACCGCCCGCCCCACCAAAGAGACCCUGCUGUCUCUGCUGCCUUUCUGUCAAGACACCCCCCAGGCCAAUGAAGGCGGGUCCAAGACGCCCCGGUCCAGAACCUCAUCCCGCUUCCCCAGACUGGGCCGCAGCCGCACGCAGGAAGCCAGACCAGAACCGCAGAGCGGCGACCUCUGACCUCUGACGGAUCCAACAUGGAUGACGGCGCCUGCGGACGAUCGGUGCGUCCACUGGACCUCGACGGCGACCCAGAUAAACGCCUCGGACCUGAGCUGGACGGGUCGAUGGACGUCCAGAACCUGGUACCGGACUCAGAGGCUGUAGGAGGAGCAGAUAGCGGGACUGUUUAACGUGUCGAUGUUCUCAGUGCCUACCGUGUUCUGUAGCUUCUCAGCGGGGUGGGGGGGCUGCUUUAGUGCCAUUAGACGACCCAGAUGUUCCCAGAUGUUCCCAGGACCAAUGAGCUGCCGGCAUUCCUCCUCCCUGCCUUCAUCGUCCUCUUGUUGCUGUAACACAUGUGCAGGAAAUGGGACGCGUCCAUGUCCUGUGGGAGGAGCCUAUGGCCUCCACGCCGUACCUCUGCUCUCUGGACGCCAUCUGCCUUUUUCUCAGCUCACUGAAAAAAAAAA